AUGAAGUGCCUGUGGCCGGGAUGCAAUGUUUGGUCCCCGUGGAUGCUGUGUUGGGGCCAGUCCUACGUGCCAGACAAGGACCUCAUUUGGAAUUUACCCAGGUGUCCUGCCAUCGUGCCAGUUCUGUUGGCUUCGGCUAGUUUGGUCUUUUUGAUACUGGCAGGUGGCACAGAGGACACCGUGGUUCGCUGCGAUGUCCUGGGUUUGUGCGUAGGACUCUUUGCCACUCUUGUUUUUGGAUUUGUGGUUCUGGGAUUUCUUGCAAGAAACUCUCAGAAAGGGACGCCAGUGUUUCGCUUGAUCUGGCAGCAGUUCCUGCUCCUACUGUGGGUUUGCUCUGCCAUUUUUUUGUUCUUUGCCUUCGUCAGCGUCGUGCCCAUUUUUCUGCUGCAAACAUUGGCUUCCUUGGCUGCUGCAUCCUUUGCUAUGACUGUUGGUAGUGUUCUGCUACGCAUUUGGUGGAAUUUGGCAUAUUUUCCUCCCCUGGCUGAGCGGUUUGGGCUUUUGGCCAGCAUUGCUUCGUGGAGCUCUGCAUACAUUGUGCUUCUACUCCACCGUGAAGUAGAAGGCCAUUUUGCAGGGCUGUCUUCCCACCUCAGUCGUGAAGAGCAUUUGAUUUUGUUUAGUUUCGGAGGUUUCCUCAUCAGCACAGCUUUGUGGUUCUUAGCGUUAUUGCUGCCUUGUGGCCGCCGAGCCUUGCAAGGCAAGAAGGUGGAAGUGAAAGAAGACAGCGUGAGCAGGUACCCUUCAAAGGAGGAACCUGUGGAGGAAGCAGACCAGCAGCUGGACACUGUGGUGGAGAUAAAGGAUGCGUUGGACGAAACACCCGGACGCCUUUUGCACCUGCAGGAAGGCGCCGACGUGCCAUCGGAGGUCGAGCCCGAGGACUCGGCCGUGCACUGCGUCGUCGCGGAGCUCCCUGGAGAAGUCUCGCCCGAAGAGGACAGGGAUGAGACGCCGGCAGCAAAACCUGUUCUAAGCGGAACGACCGCACCAUUUCCAUUUCCUCGUGGCCCUUCCAGGCCGCGAAGACGAUGUGAGCAAGCCUGGGGCUCGCCAAGUCGGCACAGCCUGGUGCAGAGCCUAUCAGCAGUGCCUGAGGGCGAUGAAGACACCGCAGAAGGAGAGUUGCCGGAAGCUCCCCCGGUAGCACGUUUGAAUGUGAGGUCCUUUUUGGCAAAAGCAGCUCCGGUUCCGCUUGAGGAAGGGCCAGCAAAAGAGACCUUGAGUGAUGAUGCAAACACUGCGCCAUCUGAAACAGCAGCGACCCUGCCAGAAGCUGAUUCCCCUCAUGUGCCACCAGCACCCUGUGAAGACCUUCCAGUUUCACAGGUCUCUGAAGAAAUACUUAGCGAAGAACCACUGCCACGACCAACUCACAGCGAAAUUCGAACUGGCCACUGGCGCAAAGUUCUCCGUCCCCAGACGCUGGGUUUGGCUGAUAUCACGUUUGCUGACGUUGGGCGAGCUGCAGUAGUUUCGCUAUCUGCACAUGCCUGUGCUGGGUUGAUCUUACUGCUGGGUGGUUACAUUAUUGUGGUUGUUUUGGCGCUAUUGUCUGUGAAGAUUCUCUUUUUGAUCGCUGCGUGGUUGGACAACUGUCGACUGCACGAUCCAGAACCUUGCCAGGUCCCCGAAGAGGUGCCCACGCUGACACCGGAAAUUUCUGUGGCGUCCACAUCUCCUGCGGCUUCACCCUUGGCGAAGGUACCAGAGGCAUAUGCGGCCUCGUGGGGCUUCUUUUUGCCAGAUCAUCCCAAGGAUGUUGGAGACCCAACAGCUGAUCGUGGCACCAUGCCGCCAGUACAGGAGGAGGAUUUGCCGGACCCCAAGGCAGACUUUGGCCCAGGCCACAGCGAGAAUGCCGAUCAAGGACCAGAAGCUGAUCCAACUGACCAAGGAGCUCAUGCUCCGAGGAAGUCCGCACACGUGGAGCGUCCAGGUGGCGCUCGUCCAGGGCGACGAAGACCAGAUGCGGACCUGUGGCAACUUCCAGGUGUCAGAGAGACGCUCCUGUUCUUUGGCUGCGAAAACAUUUUCGCGCUUUUUGAUGCUUUACGUCUCCCUUCAAUGGUCUUUUGCUUGACAGCACUGCAUGUGCCGCACUUCCCCUCGCCAUCUCCGCAGAGUCAUGCGUGGAAUGAGAUUAUUGGCUCCUUGGAUUCAGCCGACAAAACCCAAGGUGAAGAUGACGUCAUAAGCCCUAAUAAGCACUCCGCGACUGGAGCUCGCUGCAGCUGGCGUUGGAUGGGGCCUGUGUUGGCAACGACAGCUCUGCUUUGUACGCCGCUGGCGCUUUUUGUGAUCUCUAGUGUCUAUGCUGGCUUACUCUUCUUUGUCUUUGUUUUCGAUCUCGUCUUCAUCGAGAAGUAUACUGCCUCCAGUUUGUCCCGGCACUUUAUCCUGGCAGCUGUCAACGCGACUUGCUUGGACAGCCAGCGAUUGUCCGCGCUGGGAAGCUUUGUGCGUCCAUCGGAAUGUGCACGGCAAGUGAUGAGGUCUACUACCCAUGCAGCCUUCUCAAUGGGUCCGUUGAUUGAGGGCAGGCGUGCUUGCCAUCCACAACAAGGCGUGGCGGAGGCCUCUUUCAUCGAUAUUUUCUAUGAUGGUGCUGGGCCUUUCUGCCCUUGGAUGUCCAAUCCUGGCUUUGAUUUCUUUGUAAUCGAGAAGCACCAGCCCUGCAGUGUGUUGGGUCGAGGGACAUCGCUGGUGGUGAGCAACGCUACAGCAUUUUCCCACAGAGUGUCUGAUGAUUUGCCAUCUACCUUGGCAGUCCACUGCGAAAUAUGUAGCACAAUCAUGCAGGGCAUUUUGGACGUCGCCCAUGGCCUACUUCAUGCGGAUGUUUUGUUGCAUCAGCUUCUCUCUGCUGCAACGCCGGGUUUCCAUCGCUUGGGUGCAGCAGCCUUCGCGCUUGGCGCUGCUGUAGCUACCUUGCUGUUGGUCUUGCUAGAUGUGUACUCUUUGCUGGCCCUUGGCCGCCAAGCUGUAUCAUUGCGCAUGGGUGUGCCGCUCCUCCACUAUGCAACUGCCGGUGUCCUUGGGCAGGUGUGGGGCACAGAGGUGCUGGAGCAGCUGGUGAUUCUCUUCCUGCAUGCUGUGCUGAUGGCUGGCAUGUCCUUUCAGCUGGAGCUGGCCAACGACUUUUGGCCCGAACUGCACUGCACCCGGAACAAAGAAAUCGCAGAGAGCGAGCACAACGCCUGGCAUCAGACUGUUCGCUGGACGGGCACCGCACUGGUAUUCUUUGCCGCUGCUGUCUCAAUUCUACUAGCCGCUGCGCUGAUGGGAGGCUUCGCUUACCGGGCUCACAAUUCAUUGCCACGUUGGGCUGUUUCGCUCGCCUGCCCUAGCGACGUGAAGUUGUCGCGCUUCGUAGCAACUCCAUCCUUUUCAGAGUGCAGGCACGAACACCUAGCAGUGGAUCCAGAUGUGCUCAGCUACAAGGCAUUGGCAAGACCUAUGUUGGGUGCUUUGGCAUCUCUUGGCAUUUGGCAUCGGAGCAGCAGCGUAGUCUUUCAGGUUGUCAAGCGGCAGGAUUGGUACUUGCCCUCAAUGCCAGACGAUUCAUCCAGGACGUGCGUUUUCCCAUCGGAUUGCGUGAGUUGGGCGAGCGUGGCGACCGCGACAGCAAACAGCCUGUCUGUAUCGUGGCUUUUGCUGCCCUAUGGCGGUCUACCAGCAAGAGCAUGUCUGUACCUCAACGAGCGCAUUCUUUUUGCGUCUGGAACCGAUGGUGGCAGCUCAGCAGAUGAACCAGAUCAGCUAGCUCGUCACGUACUGGAGGAUGCAGGUCUCUGUUUGCACAUGGCACGUUGGGGAGCGGCUUCUGGACAUUUAGUUACCCUCCUGUUAUUGCUUGCCGUGGAUUUCUUGGACCUUGGACAGCAGCGGGAGAAGAUGAUCCUGAAUUUGCUGGUUGCAGGUGCAGUGCUUAGCGCCCUGCGCUCUGUCAUGGCAAUGGUGCAGAACAUCAGCUGCUUCUUGAGGAGACGAGGGUUGGUUUUUGCCUGUCGCCAGUUACUCCAGGAUUCCCUGCCUUCUCGCGUGGUGCAAAGCCACACCCGCGCACAGCAGAAGACACACCCAAGGUCUCGCAGCGAAGAGGAAGCCGAUGCUUUGGGGAUCCAGCCGUGGUGCGGAGGCCAUUUUCUCGGCAAGACUUGGCAACGUGGCAGUGCUCGCGUUCCACCAAGGUCCUUGCCUGGUGAAAGAGACGACGAUUGCUUGUCCGGACUCACGAGCAAAGAGCGUGAGCGGGUGGUGUUGGCUUGCCGGGACUUGCUGCAGCUUGACUGGGUCAAGUCAGCUCAACUUCCAGGGCAGAUCCGCUGCAAACUGGCAGCAGCGCGCAGCAGCCGUAGCAGCCGGGUGCGAUUGGCUGAGACUUUGCGAGGCCAGCAGCACGUGGCAAGUGGCUGGCUUUUUGGCGCUCUACUGUUGGCCCUGCGUGAAGUAGCCGAAGAGGAUUUGUGUGCGCAGAAUUGUGCGCUGGAGGCCAAGGCUGUGGUAUCAAAACACCUCCGAGACUUCAGCUCUGGCUCCAAGCACAUGCAAAGAGUCAAGCAGCGCGAUGGGCCGCAGCCCUUUGGAACUCAGGCUGCGGACAUGGCAAGCUUGAAGAUGGCCCCAGAAUUGCCUGGGAGUCCCGUGAAAAAUGAUGCAGGAGACAGUGAUACGGCCAGCACCGACAUGAAUUCUUCAGUGUCGGACAGUGUGAAGCGCCGGCUCCUGGAGAUUCCACAGGAAGUUGGGCUGCAGAAUGUGCAGCUUCUCUUCAAGAAAGAUAUGCUGAACCGAUACCAAGCCAAAGAAGAGGAUUACAACUUUUUGUUGAAGUGUGAGAAGUUCUUUGCUGAGUAUGUUGGCACGAAAUAUGCCCUGUCAUUGAACAGUGGCGGCAUUGCAAUCAGUCUUGGGCUGGAAGGUAUCAAGCGGGUGUUCUUCCCUGAUGUUGAGAUUGAUCGCAUCAGGGUGUACUCCAAUGCUUUCACCUUCAAUGCAGUGCCCUCGGCAUGUGUGGUUGCUGGCUUUGCCAGCACCUUGAAGCUGAUUGAGGCAACCCCAGAGUUGACCAUUGAUACGGAUCACCUGGAGGCUUGCAUCAAGGAGGACUUGGCAUCUGGCAACUUCGCACCAGGUAACAUGAUCCUCGUGCUGUCCUACAUGCGCGGCCGGGUUCCCAACAUGCACACCAUCAUGGACAUUUGCGAGAAGUAUCAGGUGCAACUGUUGGAAGACUCUGCGCACGGCUACGGAUGCUCUUUUGAUGGCCGCAUGUGUGGGUCUUUCGGAGUGGUUUCAACCAUCUCUACUCAAGCCAACAAGCUUGUAAACACUGGAGAGGGUGGCAUGGUUUUGACUAGCAAUGAGGCCCUGCAAGCCUUCUUCAUUUUCUCAGCUGGAAGCUACGAAGAGCUUUGGAAGAAGCAUGGGCCAAUGACACCCCCAGAGGAGGUUGCCCUCCAGUACAAGUACACGACUGUGAACAAGUCAGUCCGAAUGACCAACAUGCAGGGUGCCAUCAUGUUCCCUCAACUGAGUGUGAUGAGUGAGCGCAUUGAGCAGCACAACUCGAUGUAUGCCUUCUUGAUGGCAGCAACGAAAGAGAAGAUGGAAGCACUCAGCCCCGGCAGCAGCAAAAAAAUCUACUUCAUUCCGCAGGUCCAUGGUUUGGUUGGUCCUGUGUAUGACUCAAUGCAGAUGCAGUUUCGAAAGGGCGAUGGCAGCAUAGCGGAAGAAGAACUUCCAGGUUUGAAUAGCUUCCUGGAAGACAUGCAGGCACGCAAACAUGGAAUAGCGAAGUUCUCCGAUCCAGCCAACGCUCGAAAUUUCUUGUCCUGGCAAUACUUGAAGCCAGAUGAUAUUCUCCCCGAUGCGCUUCCCAAGACUAGGCAGCACCUCGUGAACGUUGUCGACCUCCGACUACUUUGUCAUGACACCGAGGUUGAAAUGGACAAGUUGGCUUCGGAUCUAGUGGAGUGCUUCAAACUCCAUUUCUGUGCUGUGGGAGACAUUCUGGAAGCUACCGGUCAAGAGCAGGAGGCGAGAAGAAACUUGGAGGAGGUUGGUCUGGCGUUCAUAUUUCUGAAAGUUGAGCAGGCUGCGGACAUGGCAAGCUUGAAGAUGGCCCCAGAAUUGCCUGGGAGUCCCGUGAAAAAUGAUGCAGGAGACAGUGAUACGGCCAGCACUGACAUGAAUUCUUCAGUGUCGGACAGUGUGAAGCGCCGGCUCCUGGAGAUUCCACAGGAAGUUGGGCUGCAGAAUGUGCAGCUUCUCUUCAAGAAAGAUAUGCUGAACCGAUACCAAGCCAAAGAAGAGGAUUACAACUUCUUGUUGAAGUGUGAGAAGUUCUUUGCUGAGUAUGUUGGCACGAAAUAUGCCCUGUCAUUGAACAGUGGCGGCAUUGCAAUCAGUCUUGGGCUGGAAGGUAUCAAGCGGGUGUUCUUCCCUGAUGUUGAGAUUGAUCGCAUCAGGGUGUACUCCAAUGCUUUCACCUUCAAUGCAGUGCCCUCGGCAUGUGUGGUUGCUGGCUUUGCCAGCACCUUGAAGCUGAUUGAGGCAACCCCAGAGCUGACCAUUGAUACGGAUCACCUGGAGGCUUGCAUCAAGGAGGACUUGGCAUCUGGCAACUUCGCACCAGGUAACAUGAUCCUCGUGCUGUCCUACAUGCGCGGCCGGGUUCCCAACAUGCACACCAUCAUGGACAUUUGCGAGAAGUAUCAGGUGCAACUGUUGGAAGACUCUGCGCACGGCUACGGAUGCUCUUUUGAUGGCCGCAUGUGUGGGUCUUUCGGAGUGGUUUCAACCAUCUCUACUCAAGCCAACAAGCUUGUAAACACUGGAGAGGGUGGCAUGGUUUUGACUAGCAAUGAGGCCCUGCAAGCCUUCUUCAUUUUCUCAGCUGGAAGCUACGAAGAGCUUUGGAAGAAGCAUGGGCCAAUGACACCCCCAGAGGAGGUUGCCCUCCAGUACAAGUACACGACUGUGAACAAGUCAGUCCGAAUGACCAACAUGCAGGGUGCCAUCAUGUUCCCUCAACUGAGUGUGAUGAGUGAGCGCAUUGAGCAGCACAACUCGAUGUAUGCCUUCUUGAUGGCAGCAACGAAAGAGAAGAUGGAAGCACUCAGCCCCGGCAGCAGCAAAAAAAUCUACUUCAUUCCGCAGGUCCAUGGUUUGGUUGGUCCUGUGUAUGACUCAAUGCAGAUGCAGUUUCGAAAGGGCGAUGGCAGCAUAGCGGAAGAAGAACUUCCAGGUUUGAAUAGCUUCCUGAAAGACAUGCAGGCACGCAAACAUGGAAUAGCGAAGUUCUCCGAUCCAGCCAACGCUCGAAAUUUCUUGUCCUGGCAAUACUUGAAGCCAGAUGAUAUUCUCCCCGAUGCGCUUCCCAAGACUAGGCAGCACCUCUUGAACGUUGUCGAUCUCCGACUACUUUGUCAUGACACCGAGAUUGAAAUGGACAAGUUGGCUUCAGAUCUAGUGGAGUGCUUCAAAUUCCAUUUCUGA